CUCUUUACACCUGCGCAGCUUUCCCACUGCGGUUUAUAAACUCUUUUAACUUACAACAUGUAUAUAAGUCUUUCAACUUGUAUCAGUAUUGCAUUCACUUGCACCGCAUCCAGAUCGACAUCUUGACAUCUUCACAAUUCAUUUCCCAACAAAACUAAUCCACUCGUCUCCUGCAACUGCAACGUCAUCACAAGUGUCACCGCAAGUUCAACAUUCAAAAUAAGCCAAAAGAAAUUCAGUAUUCUAUUUUUUAACAAAAUAAUUAUCUGCUUACAAAAAUGACGGCUGAAAAAUUCAUUGAGUUCGAUAGUCUAGACAACGAAGCCCAAGAAUUAAUACGCGAGAGUAUCGAAGCCAUGAAGAUGUCGUACUCACCAUACAGCAACUUCAAAGUAGGAGCAGCAUUAAAAUGCGACGACGGAACAAUAACACGAGGAUGUAACAUAGAAAAUUCAUCGUUCCCAGCAUCCAUUUGUGCUGAACGCACAGCGAUCUCAAAAGCCAUCUCCGAUGGAAGAGUUAAAUUCAAAGCAAUAGCUGUCGCCGCGAAGAUGAUUAAUAAUUUGAUUACUUCGCCUUGCGGCGUUUGUCGGCAAACACUAGCUGAGUUCGGUGACAUGCCAGUUUAUUUGACAGACCCGACGAUGACCAAAGUCGUGGAGACUUCAGUAAAAGAUUUACUGCCACUUGCGUUUCAUUUAACUAAAGCCGGUCCUUGAUACUCGUUUUUGUCCCACUUAUAAAUUAAAUCACCACUAAUUAUUUAACAUCAAUCAACACACAUAUUUGUGUAUGAUAUACACCAGGGUGGUCGUUAAAAACGUAACUUCAAACAUUCGUCAUCCUUUCAAUUUUCAAUUGACAAGAUUUAAAAAAGUUUUUUUAAAAUAUCUUCAUAAAUAUACAUUUUGUAAAAAAAAUCAAUAUGACCUUUUUUGUCAAGAAUUUAAUUCCCUACAAAAUUGUCCCUAUUACUUUUGCCUGUAAUCUGCAUAUUUAAUGAGAUAUUUUUAAAAAACCGCGACUGUAUCGGAAAAUAAACUUGGAUCUUCCUGA